AGAGAGAGAGCUUGUGGGUCGUUUCAGCAUAUGACCGACUGCUAGUGAUAAGUUGCCUUUGACAGUUGUCUUGAAAGAAGUUUGAGAUCCAGUUAGUAUGCCCUUAAAGGUUAUGGACUUCAAUACAAUUUCUUUCUAGGAAUCAGUUAGUAAGUACUGUUAACUAUGGGUGGAAAGUUGAGCCUGGGCUUGUUCGUAUUGUUGGGGGUGUUCAUUUUUAAAGGUUCAGCUCAAUCAAGCCUGCUUAGUACUAAUUUUUAUGCCAAUUCCUGUCCCAAGGUUGAGGCUAUUGUAAAAAAUGUUGUUAGUUUGAAAUUUAAUCAGACAUUUGUUACUGUUCCUGGGACGCUGAGGCUUUUUUUUCAUGACUGCUUCGUUGAGGGAUGUGACGCCUCUGUGAUUAUCCAAUCUACUGCGAACAAUACGGCGGAGAAAGACUUUCCAGACAACUUGUCCCUUGCUGGGGAUGGAUUUGAUACUGUAAUCAAAGCGAAGCAAGCUGUAGAGAACGUAUGUCCUAAUAUCGUGUCAUGUGCUGAUAUCCUAGCCAUUGCUACCAGAGAUGUUAUACGACUGGCGGGAGGCCCAGCUUAUAGCGUGGAGUUGGGGAGAAGAGAUGGACUCAUAUCUCAAGCAUCCAGAGUCGGUGGAAACCUGCCCAAGUCUUCAUUCAAUCUCGAUCAGUUGCUCUCUCUCUUCAACAACAAGAGCUUAUCUCUGAUAGAUCUGAUUUCUUUAUCUGCGGCACACACAGUAGGGUUUUCUCACUGCAAUCAAUUUUCGAGCAGAAUUUAUAGCACUCCAAUUGACCCCACUCUGAAUCCUACUUAUGCGAGUCAACUACAAGGAAUGUGUCCAAAAAAUGUGGAUCCUACCAUUGCUAUUAAUAUGGACCCUACAACUCCUAAUAUAUUUGACAAUGUCUACUACCAAAAUCUCCUAAAUGGUAAGGGCCUUUUCACUUCUGAUGAGGUAUUAUUCACAGACGGACGGUCCAAACAAACUGUUCAACUCUAUGCAAAGAAUGUCUCUGCAUUUAAUCAAGGCUUCAUAAAUGCAAUCACAAAUAUGGGUCGGAUUGGUGUUAAGGUGGGAAAUCAAGGACAAAUUAGAAAAGAUUGCAGCGCUUUCAAUUAGUAAGGCUGAUUCUUAGAUUUCUCAAUCAAUUUAAUAGUUGAAAUAAAUGUGUCUUAAAUUCAAGGCGUUUGCAGAUCAGAACUAAGAAUGCAGAUUU